AUGGGUCGUGCCUACGGAGGUCUUGCAAACUUCUCCCGAGCGUCAAAUUUGAAGCUGAAACUAUACGAUCUUAAUAAUCUGCAUAUUGUUCAAUGUGGUCUAGCCAUGUUGGUGAGUGUAAGCCUUACCCGAAAUACUUCCAUCCCUGCAGAAAAUCAGCAUAAACGAAGGGGGGCUGUUGAUUCUACCAGCAGGCCACAGCAGGUUCGUAAACCGUUGAUAGGAACCAAACAGGGCGCGACCCUAAAGUUUGCAGUGUCUAGCAGCAACGCGGGCUACAAGCUCUUUCUUGACAGCUGGAGUUUUGCUUCUGUAAGUACUGUGCACAAGGGCAAGACAAGUUAUGGAAUAACCAAGUGUCUAUUCAGUGAAGAAAGGGGAAUAACUACGAAGAGACAAUCUGAGUAUGAGAUCCAUCCUCCUUAUAUAUCGCUUCUGUUGGCUACGCGGGCGCUAUAUUAG